AGCACUGAAAUGGUUUAGCAGAGCACCAUGACAUCCCACCUCCACGGCUGCAUUUCUGACUGUCUGCAUUCGGCAACAGGAGAAGAGAGAGAGACUACAGAACAUAUCACCAAGAUGUCCCUCUAGUACUCUCCAGAACUGAACCCAUACAGUGACGUUGGACAUGGGAAAGUCAUUUUGAGAGAUUCAUCGUUCCAGUGCUUAAGGUUAGGAGCUCCUUGCAGAUUUAUUUAGGACUGCUUUGCUAGGUUCUGGGUUGCCGUUGGAUAACAAGUGCUAAGAUGCAGGUACCACUCGGUCAUCACUCACUAUUGGCUCCAGGUUAUGAUAUGCUGCUGGACAAUGACAACUCAUCAGAUUCUAACCAGACAUUUGCCAAUAAGACAAUUCCGUCGGUGAAUUUGACGCGAGCCAUGUUGCUGGGCUUUACCCUUGGCGCCUUCAUCUCCGUGGCCAUCAUUGGCAACAUUAUGGUGAUUAUUUCUGUGGUCACCAACAAGCAGCUACGAAUUCCCACCAACUACCUGAUCGUCAACCUUGCCAUAGCAGACUUAUUGCUUAGCUCCACUGUAUUGCCCUUUUCUGCAACCAAAGAAAUUGUUGGUUAUUGGGUUUUUGGCAGAAUAUUGUGUGAUGUCUGGGCAGCUAUGGAUGUUCUGUGUUGCACUGCUUCCAUUUUCAGCUUGUGCACCAUCUCCAUUGAUAGAUAUAUCGGCGUACGUCACUCUCUUCGUUAUCCUACUAUAGUGACCAGGAAAAGGACUAUCCUUGCCCUCCUUGGUGUCUGGAUGUUUUCCACCGUUAUCUCCAUUGGGCCAUUGUUGGGAUGGAAGGAGCCGGCUCCACCUGACACAUACGUCUGUGAAAUAACCACAGAAAUCUUUUAUGCCAUCUUCUCUUCUUUGGCAUCAUUCUACAUCCCUUUGAUAGUCAUCUUAGUCAUGUACUGUAGAGUCUACGUGGUGGCCAAAAGGAUAACCAAGAACCUAGAGGCAGGUGUGAUGAAAGAACGGAUGGAUUCCAAGGAGCUGACUCUCAGAAUUCACUGUAGGAACAAGCAGGAUGAUUCCCCCAACAACAGCAAAGUGCAGAAUAACCAGCCUCGCAGCGCCCUAUCUUUGAAAUUGCUCAAAUUCUCUAGGGAGAAGAAAGCUGCAAAGACCUUGGGAAUUGUGGUUGGAAUGUUCAUCUUAUGUUGGCUUCCAUUCUUCACAGUCCUGCCUCUUAGUUCGCUGUCUGAACAUCUGACGCCCCCGGUUACACUGGAGAAAAUCAUCUUUUGGCUUGGAUACUUCAACAGCUGCAUCAACCCAAUCAUUUAUCCCUGCUCCAGCAAGGAGUUCAAGCGGGCCUUCAUCCGGAUCCUGAAGUGUCAGUGGGGAAACAGGAAGAAUUCAGCGUUCCGGAGAUCUCAAUAUCGACCUCGGCCUGGCAGUACAGUCUCCCAUUCUAGAAAGGAUUCCAUUGAAGAAACAAGUCAGUUUAUAAAUGGCAGCCAAAGGACCAUAAUGACCAAUGCCCCAAGCCCAAGAUUCCUAAGAAAGUCAUCCCAGCCAAAAGAAAAAAGGACAUCAGAAAAAAAAAUCCCUGUUUCUCAGGACAGCUAGAUCAUCAAGAGCCUCAAGAAUGCAGUAAGCAAGAUAAUCCCUGCAGUGUCUUGUCUUCUAAAGAACAUAAAGAACACAACAAUGAUGCAUAUCUGUCUAAGGUGGCAUCUACUGAUCUGCUUUCCCCAGAUAUGGUUUCAGCUUGCCGAUAGCAAACCAGGAAUGAAGUACUGUUAUUUUAUGUGAAGCUGUUGGACAUCUGUUGAUGGUUUCUUGAAUUCUAACAGAAGUUGGAGAGUCAACCUAGAAUUGAUCAAAUCAUAGGUUUGGCCCAAACGGCUUUAAUAAAAAUGGUGGUCCUGCCAGGUCUUGGUUUGAAGCAAAUGGCUUGAAUAAAGAUAUCCACCUAGACAGGCUGUGGCUGACAGAUAUAUAUAGUCGAGUUGACAAGCUGAGACUGAGAAGUGCCUAUGAUGCUGAAAAGCUCUGAAGAGUAGGAAUACUAAUAACGGUCGACUGGAAGAAAAAUCUAGUGUGUCAUAAACUGAUAAUAACGGCAUUUCUAUCUGCUCCCACGCAGGCCUGAUGAUGAUGAUGAAAAUGAUGAAGAUAUCUAGAGAUAAAGACUGAAGAACAAUCUAUUGAUACAUUAAGUUCUGGAGAACUUGAGAGGAAACCUUUAUAGCUCUAAAGCACAUACAUUCUUUAUCAGUGUGUUAAUAACGCGUGCCCUUUAUUUAAGCUAUGUUUUUGCUUACAAACAUGUAUAUUUGUUACCCUUAAACAAACAUUUAUGUUCUGGCUGGCCUUACACAUACACAGAUAUGCACAUUUGAAGCAAAACACCUCUUUUAUCUAAAAAACUAUGAAAGAAAAAGAACCUACUAAUAAACACUGUAAGAUCCA